CAGCCUGUGUUGAGCCAGCAGCUUAUCAUACCUGGGACCUUUCAUUCAAGCCCCAGUUACCUUUCUUCUGGGCUGAGCAGUGCUCCUGCAUCUUCUCCUGCAGCCAGAAACCACCGUGAGGAUGUGGCUGUACCUGGCGGCCCUGCUGGCGUUGUACUUCCUGCGCCGAUGGCACCGGGAGCGGCAGAUGGUCGGAAACCUCCCGGACAAACACGUCUUCAUCACGGGCUGCGACUCCGGCUUCGGGCACCUGCUGGCCAAGCAGCUGACGGUGCGGGCGGCGUGUCUGACGGAGCAGGGGGCCGAGCGGCUGCGGCAGGCGACGUCGGGGAGGCUGCAGACAGUGAUCCUGGAUGUCAGCCGCUCCGACAGCAUCGCUGCAGCCACUGCCUGGGUGAAGGGGCAGGUGGGGGACCGAGGGCUCUGGGGCGUGGUGAACAACGCUGGGAUCUCCAUGCCCGUGGCCCCCAACGAGUGGCUGAGCAAGGCUGACUUUGUCAAGAUACUGGACGUGAACCUGGUGGGGCCGAUCGAGGUGACGCUGAGCCUGCUGCCCCUGGUGCGCAGAGCCCGGGGCCGCGUCGUCAACGUGGCCAGCGUGAUGGGCCGGCUGUCUUUCUUUGGAGGGGGCUACUGCCCUUCCAAGUAUGGCGUGGAAGCCUUCUCCGACAGUUUGCGUCGCGAGAUGCUGCCUUUUGGGGUGAAGGUCUGCAUGAUUGAGCCAGGCUACUUCCGCACGGCUAUCACCGAGGCCGGCAUCCUGACGGAGAAUUUCAAACGCCUCUGGGAGCUGCUCCCGCAGGAGAUCAAGGCAACCUACGGGGAGCAGUACUUAGAGUCGUUUAUCAAGGCAACCUAUGACAUGCAGAAGUCCUGCAGCCCCAACCUGUCACUGGUCACCAACGCCAUGGAGCACGCGCUGACGGCCCAGCACCCCCGCACCCGCUACUCCUGCGGCUGGGACGCCAAGCUCUUCUACCUCCCGCUCAGCUACCUGCCCACAACGUUUACGGACCUGGUGCUAACGUGGUCAUAUCCGAAGCCAGCCCAAAAAGCAUAGGAAGAGACAUGCGACUGGAAUCCAGUGGGUGGAGGGCACUGGAUGAGCCAUCAGCCUGGGGCAGGCCAGGGUGCAGCCUGGUGUGGGGUCGGGCCUGCUUCGCAGCCUCUGCAGCUGCUGUCAAUUGAACAAGCUGAAUCAAAGCAUUGUCUCCACAGCU